UUUUUAUCUCUUUUUUCUUUGCCAUGAACACCAUCAAACCAGACCAGAUUAUUGAACUUGAACCCUCCCUUUUAAAGGUGCCAUAUGAGCAACUUCGUAAAUCCUUCCGAUAUCAACAUAAAUAUGUUGAAAAGGAGCUUAUUUCUUUACACGAUAAAAUCGAGCGCUGUGUAAAAGACACGGACUUGUCACCAGAAAAGGCUUCUCAAGUUAUAGAUGAGCUACUGAAGCAAGUAGACAAGCUGACACGAAAACUGCAAAAGACAAAAGAAGAAGACUUGCAACAUGCUCAUAGAAUAGAGAAAAGAAUCCAUAAUCUAAAUCAAAUUGAAGGCGUUACUUUAGCAAAAUCACCCGAGUUUACAAGUUGGAGCAAAACACGAUUGGACCGAGUGAUUGUAGACUAUUUACUUCGAGAAGGUAUGACAAAUACAGCCAAAAAAGUAGCAGCAGUGGGUGGUAUUGAAGACAUGGUCGAUAUCCAAUUGUUUACCCAGUCAGAAAAAAUCGAACAAGCACUUCGGAAUCAUAGCUGUAAAGAAUGCCUUGCAUGGUGCAAUGAAAACAAGUCAAGUCUUAGGAAAAUGAAGAGUACACUGGAAUUUAACUUGAGAUUGCAGGAACAUAUUGAAUUGGCCCGAGCUUCUAAAGGCUUAGAGGCGAUUGCUUAUGCUCAAAAGUAUCUGUCUCCCUGGAAGGCUGUCGAGAGUAGAAGAAUCGGACAAGCCAUGGGUUUAUUAGCUUAUAAGAGCGACACACAAUGCCAACCCUAUAAGGACCUGUACGAUCCCAGUCGUUGGCAGGAAUUGAUAGAUCAAUUUAGAGCAGAUAAUUAUACAUUAUGCUCGCUUACUUCACAUCCAUUGUUGUUAAUUACUUUGCAAGCAGGUCUUUCAGCUCUCAAGACACCACAAUGCUAUGAACAUGAGAAUCAGAAUGUCAACUGUCCUAUUUGUGACAAUAGCACGUUAGGCAGUUUGGCUGAAAAACUACCACUGAGUCAUCAUGUCAAUUCUACUAUUGUGUGCCGUAUCAGCGGUAAAAUCAUGAAUGAAGAUAACCCGCCCAUGCUUUUACCCAACGGUGUCGUUUAUAGUAUGAAUGCUCUUCAAGACAUGGCUUCUAAGUUUGAUGGUAAAAUCACUUGUCCAAGAACUGGAUAUACAUUUACUAUGGAUCAACUUAAAAAAGUCUUUAUUUCAUAAUAUACAGUUCUUUUUUUGGUAAUGACCUAAUGAUGUGUAAGUUUUUUUUCUUCUAUAAAAAGCGGGUAAAAUCGUUAUUUGUUUUUCUUUUUCUCUUUCUUCUCUUUUGUUUCUUUGUGUUUUCU